GCUUGGAAUGUUUGUUCAUGAAAUAAGAGAGACUAUACCGUUAGCUAACCGAUAAUAUUUCUACUGUAUAGGAUGGGUCCUUCACAUAAGAUGCGUCUAAACAAAAAGCCAAGGGUCGUAAUCAUUGGCAAUAGGCCCCAAAAGAAUGCUGAUGGAACAUAUUCCAGCAAACGCGACUUUCUGCCUGAAAACGCCCAUCUCUACAAUCCACUUGAACAGCAGCCAAAAGUUAGAAGCGUAAGACCAGUGAUAACUCCCCAAUGGGUUAUAGAAAAGAGACGCGUAGAGGCAGAGGAACAAAAAAUACACAAAUCCUUCCACCUCUUCCCUUUUCUCCCUUAUGAAAUCCGCGCAGAAAUUUGGGAAAUGGCUAGUAUGUAUCUAACAUUGAGAGUUCAACUUUCCCCUUUAUCUUUUAUUUUUACCGAUACUUUCUUGUUAAGUACCCCCCUUAAACCAAACAUACAAAAUAUCUUGAAUCAUUAUUAAAUGAAAUUAUUACUAACUUUUGUUAUCGCAGUGCCACAAGGCAAAGUUAUCUACCUCCACUCGCAGGUUGAUUAUUUGAACGAUUUCUACCGCCGUUAUCCUUCGUUUGGCAUUCCAGAACUAUCUUUAGUUUGCCGCGAAUCUAAGAGGAUUGUGUCGAAAUGGGGCAUAGGUUUGCGUUUCUGUGGUUUUGACAAGCCAAUCCACUGCGAAUGGUUUGACCCCAGGCGAGAUUCAAUUUACAUCCCAAGUAUUCAUAUCUUCAAAAGAUGGCAUGGAUGGAGAAAGUGUAUGGGUGGCGCUACCGUGAUCCUCAACGUUCUUGAAACAGUUGAAGACCAGUAUCGCGGCAGACUGCCAAGUAAAGCCUUUAAGUGGGCUAUACAGUCAGGAUACUUCGAAGGUGUCCGUGCCAUCGAUCUCGCGAUGUUGACUAUCAAGUGCAAAGGUGUCAGCUGGGAUAAAGAGCAUGAUGCCUAUGGUGAGGGAGGCGAUGUUGGCGUCGUGGGGUUAGAUGAUAAGAGGCUCCCUACGAUGCUACGUCCUAUUUUCAAUGACAUCCGCGGGGGUUAUAUAAAUAGGGUGGAGUCAUUACAGUAUAUGGCUCAUAGACGCCCCUCGUGUUUGCUGAAACGCCUCCACGGCGAAUGGGAUCGCGACCUGAAGUUCUUGUUUGAGGAGCAGUGGCUUUUCUCACAGUUAAGAGUGUCUAAGGAAGACCAAUUUGAGUCGGAAUUGUUUACCGACAUCAAAUUCGGCUACCAGGACCGACGACGAGCACUGAACAGAGAGCACGAUACCAUACGCAGACUAAUUGCUAAGAUGCCCGAGAUCCGACCGGUUAUUGUUUUCGACAGAACGCCUACACCGGUCCCAGAGCAAAGUCAAGAUUGGCCAAAUCACUGGGACAAUAGAAGGGGUUAUGAUGGGUUGGAGGUCGUCUCUAACCGGCGAGGUAUGGUUCUGGCAUACAAUAUCUAUGAUGGCCGUAUGACUCAGUUUACCUAAGAGUAGGUACCAUCUUGAUAUCGAAGCUAUGAAAGUGAAACCGACUUCUCCGUACGCGGGACGGCUAAGAGGGUUGAGGGGGGUUGGAUCGAAGCCGAAUAAAUACUGUCGACUGGGGCUUCAGAUUCAAGAUUGGAGAUGCGGCAAUUUCCUCAAUGGUUAAUGUUUGAUGGCGACCUUCACGGUGCGUUGAGUUGAU